AUGGUGACGGCGGCGAGCGGGCGGUGCGGCGGCACUCCGGAGCGUCGGGGGCCCGGCGGCUCCCCUGGGGGCUGUCCGCGGCGCCCGGCAAGGCGGCGGUGCCUGGGGACGAGGACGGCGGCGGCGGCGGGGGACAACGCGCAGGAGCUGCAGGCUUUCCGCGACUACGGGGAGAGCUGGUACCGCUCCCGCAAGGGGCUGGAGAGCCGCUUCCAGCCGCGGGAGCCGCUCGCCCGGCAGCCGCAGGUGACGGCAGAGGCGCGCUGCAAGCUGGUCAGCUGGCUCAUCCCCGUGCGCCGGCAUUUCGGGCUCUCCUUGGAGGCACUCUGCCUGGCCGUUAACAUCCUCGACCGCUUUCUCGCCACUACCCCAGUGGCCGCCGACUGCUUCCAGCUCCUGGGGGUAACAGCGCUGCUCAUCGCCUGCAAACAGGUGGAGGUGCACCCUCCUAGCGUGAAAGAGCUCCUCGCCCUCUGUUGCGAUGCCUUCACCCGCCAGCAGCUCCGCAACCUGGAGUGCAUCGUCCUGCAUCGCCUGGACUUCGACCUGGCGGCGCCCACCGUCAGCUUCUUCCUGGAGCACUUCAGCCAGGUGCGGCUGGAGACUCGGGGGGCCGACGCGGGGGAGGCGGCGGACGCCCGGAGCUUGGCGGCGGGCGUCGCGGAGCUCAGCCUGGCUGACUAUGCCUUCACCAAAUACGCGCCCUCUCUGCUGGCCGCCAGCAGCCUGGGGCUUGCGGACCGGCUCCUGCGCCACCGCAGCCCCCUGGACCUGCGAAUCAGCGGCUAUCCGGAAGAGCUCCUACGGGACUGCAUGGACCAGCUUCAGCUCCUGGUGUCUCUGAACGGGCGGUCCCUGUCUCUCCUCCUGCCCUCGGAGGUGGCCCAGAAGUGCCCCUGGCUUGGGGAUGACCGCUGA